AUGGAGUAUCGGUACUCAGAGAUCAUCGAUCCAAGUGUUUAUGAGACACAUGGGUUAGCCAACGGCAUUGCUCUUCGUGGGCACAAAGAGCCUAUGAAGGAAAUCCGUGGCGCACAUCGAGCUCAAGUCGAUUGGUCUACCCACGUAAAGCCUCUCGCCAACUACAAAGGCGGGCUCGGUCAGAGGUUUAGCUUCAUGCAGGUGACUGUUCCUGAGUGCCUGCCGGAGAGACUUGAGAUCAUCUCAUAUGCAAACGAAUAUGCCUUCAUCUAUGAUGACGAGAUGGAAAAUCUGGAUCUUGAGAAUGUCUCAGCCACGUCGCCGGGGAUGCUCGAAACAUUCGGAAAAAGCGCUUUGGACGGCAAUACAGACGGCAAAUCGCGUCCCGAGAAGCGGCUGCAGGCUCAAAUCUUGAAAGAGAUGAUUUCGAUUGACCCUCAACGGGCCAUCACAUCUAUGAAAGCCUGGGCAAAGUUUGUGCAGUUGGCAUCUCAGACGAGAGAAUCGCCGUUCCGCACAUUGGCGGAGUACGUCCCCGCAAGGGUGAUUGAUGCUGGAGAACUGAUAUGGUUCGGCACAUUGACGUUUGGCAUGGCCCUCACUAUUCCAGACGACGAGUACGAUCUCUGCAUGGAACUGGCUCGCCCUGGAUACGCCGUCUUGGGACUCACCAACGACCUAUACUCGUGGGAGAAGGAGAGGCAGGCGGCCGAGAAAGCAGGCCAGGACUACGUCUUCAACGCCAUCUGGGUCAUCAUGAACGAGCAGCAGGUGAGCGAAGACGAGGCCAAAGCCAUCUGCGCAGAAGAGAUCCAGCGGUAUGCCACCAUCUUCUGCCGCAAUGUCGACGAGACAAAGCAGAACCUGGCGCUCUCGAGGGAUCUUCGGGCGUACAUCGAGGCGGUCAUGUACAGCUGCAGCGGCAACCUCGUUUGGAGCAUUUACUGCCCCCGGUAUCAUGAAUUUUAA